CUCCCUCCCACCCUCCUUCCCCCUCCCUCCCUCCCCUGUGCCCUGCCCACCCCGGCGGUCUCUUCUCCAGCCCUGCCAGAGCCAAUCCGCGACUGGGUGUAAGUAGGGCAAGCCGCUUCCUGGUUCUCAGAAAGAAGGAGCCUGGAGUUGGAGUGGACCAACAGAGGCAGCAGCAGCACACAGGGGGGGAUAGCAGCGCAGAGAGCCGGCGGUCUGCAGGGAAGACCCGCAACACGACAAACGCUGACCCACGAAAGAUUAAAAACCUCCCGGCUGUCGAGCAGAGGACGAGAGGAGCGGCGCUCCCCGGUAGAAAAGAAAAGACAAGAGCAGGGAGGAUAAAAAGAAGAAGAAGAAGUAGAAGAAGUAGGCAGGGUGGGACGGAAUAAUCCAGGAAGUGUGGAGGCCGGUCAGGUGGGAGGCGACGAGUCUGAACAGGUGACACACCGGCACUCAGGUGUAUGACCUCUGCUGACCUCCAAGCAAAGGACCAAAGGGGAGGGGGAAGAGCAAGAGGCCGAAGACAGCAGGCACCCAUCUUCUCCUGGGUUUAUGGACCGGAGGUGGCAAUGUCUCCAGGAGAGGACGGCCUGAUUGGGAUCCCCUUCCCGGAGCAUAGCAACGAGCUCUUGUCCCACCUCAAUGACCAGAGGAGGACAGGACUCCUGUGUGACCUCACCCUCAUGUCCCGCGGGGCUCGCUACCCAACUCAUCGCUCCGUCAUGGCUGCCGUCAGUCUCUACUUCCGCCGGCUGUUCGGGGGAGAGGAGGGAGGUGGCGAGGGCGGAGGAGGUUUCAGUGUGUGUCAGCUGGACUUCGUGGCCCCCGACGCCCUGGACGCCCUGCUAGAGUUCGCCUAUACCGCUACCCUGACCAUCCCCAGCUCUGGGAUGAGAGAUGUGCUGCGAGGGGCUCAGUUUCUGGGAAUCCAGUGUGUGGCUGACGCUUGCAGAGAUAUCCUGGGGGAGAAGGCAGAGGGGGAGACAGCGGAAGAACAGAGAGCCCAACGCACAGCUACAGAGAGGAUGGCAGUGGGGGACACCGUGGUGGAAAGAGGGUCCCGAAGAAAAACAGACAGAAAGAAGAUGAAAAAAGUUGGGUUGAAUCACAUCAACUCCUCGUUUUUUAACCCACCACCUGCUUCUCCUGUCUCACACCCUUCGCCUGCAUCCGACAGCUUCCGCUCUCUGCCGUCGACCCAGCCUCCCAGCCCCGAACACAGGCAGAACGGAGAUCCAAGGGCCAUCAAAAGGCCAGGCAGAGGGCCCACAAUAAAUGGAGGACCCCAUCCCUGGCUGCAGGAGCACCCCCAUAUAGCCAACCAACCUCCUGUCCCACCCUUGAAUGACAAGCUGUCAGAAGAGGAGGACUUGGAGAGUUUUGGCGAUGAUGGUAAGCUGAUGGAGAGCACCUCCAUACCUACCUCUAUAGCUGAUCGAGGAGCAGCAGCAACGGCAGCAGGAGCAGGGAGGAAGAGGAAGUCUCAAACACCUCAGCAGUGCCCCGUCUGUCAGAAGAUCAUCCAUGGAGCAGGAAAACUGCCCCGACACAUGAGGACACACACCGGGGAGAAGCCCUUUCAGUGCUCCGCAUGUGGAGUCCGUUUUACACGGAAUGAUAAGUUGAAGAUCCACAUGAGGAAACACACAGGCGAGCGCCCUUAUCCCUGCCCGCACUGCCCUGCCCGGUUUCUCCACUCAUACGACCUCAAAAACCACCUGUCCCUCCACAGUGGGGCGAGACCCUUCGAGUGCCCGCUCUGCCACAAGGCCUUCGCCCGAGAGGAUCAUCUCCAGCGUCACCGCAAGGGACACAGCUGCCUGGAGCUGCGCACACGCCGACCCAGACAUGGGGCAGAGCUCGGGGAGGAUGAUGGAGGGGAAGCCAGCGGGAGGGAGCAGGUCAACCCUCUGGAGGCUUUACAGGCCCACUCCUCUGCAUUCUCCCAUCGCAGUUUGCUGGAGGCUGGGAGUGGGUCUGGUGCCAGCCCCCAGCUGAUAUUUGAAGGUGACGUCGAAAGGGAGGUCGAGAGGGAGCGGUCUCUCGCCCUUCAGGCUUUGGCUCACAUCGGGCACCACAGGCUGGCUGGCUUCCCUGAGCUCUUCCUGAGAAGUCUGGAGCUUCGAACGGGCAGAGAUGCAGAGGGAGAAGAUCCAGGAGGAACCCCUUCACCCACCGCACAGCGUGACCAAUGGGCUGACGAAAUUGAAGAGGAAAUUGGAGAAGAGGAAGCGGAAGAAGAGGAAUAGUGAAAAGAAAUUGUGUGUCUGUGUGUGUGUCUGUGUGUGUGUGUGUGUGUGUGUGUGUGUGUGUGUGUGUGUGUGUGUGUGUGCGCGUGUGUGGUAAAGCAUCCACAGAAAAAAAAAAUCUCACUCAGGUGGUUGGACUAAUGACCUGCUGCUCCGAUAUAGAGAGCGCUUAUAAAAUAAAUACAACUAAAUGAUGUUAAAAGAAAAAAAAUUGAAAACGGGUUUUCUUAGAUAUUUUAAAUGUUUGUCUUCUGGCUCCUGGCAUUUUUAUUUUCAUUUGUCUUUAAGUUUUGAUUUUUCGUUUGUUGUUUUAAUUUUGUGUUUCAGUUUGAUUAGAUUUUUCUAGUUGAACAUGCCUGUGUUGAGUGUUUGGUGACUGGGAUGCUAUGGGACACUAUGCAAACUAAAAUCAAGAGCUGCGACAUGAAGGGAUAUUUAAAGAUGUUUAUUUUAGUUACAAUAUAAAUGUAUUGAUUCAGGUGCGAUUCAGAAGUCACGUCACCUAGAUCACAAGAGUUUGUAUUCUCACUUUCCUCUGGUGGUAAUCAGAGGAAAUGCAGUCGAAUAUUAAUCAAACUGUUGGGUACGUUCUAAGCAAUAAUGUUUGUUCUGUCUUUUCUUAUUUGUGGUAAUCUAUGCUUGGAUUUGGUGCUUGAACCAAAGAUUUUCAGUUGAACUGUUUUCUUUACAGGAGAGGAGAGAGGUGAACUGUAGCCAAUGUUGGGUUUGAAGAGAAGACUCUUCCCAACUGUUUUGAAAGCCAUGAGAAAAGAUUUGCUUCCAUGUUUGAGUGUUUCAGAGCCGUAGAGCUCUGUGUUAAAUGCCUGACCAAAAGAGACAAAGUCUUGGUCAAACAGUUGAUUUUGAUUAUGUUGAAGACGAUUCUUCUUUUUCCAGAGGCCGUGGAUUUCAGUCUUCCAAUGCACUCAUAUAUUUUCCUCGUUUUGAAAAAAAUAGCAAUGGGGCGAAAAGGAGAUUGAGAUGGCGUUCCCUUUUUCUGUACUUAUUUAUUUAUUGUUAUUUAUUAUGGAUCUUCUGCUAACACUUAUAAGUGAGACCAAAUUCAAGCGUGGCACACAGAUCACAAAGUCUUACAAGAAGCUGCAUUGUGCUUAAGAUUUUGACUCAACAUCUCCGUACAAGUUUACGCAUUUUUUAUGGGCUGCGUGUCUUCUUUUGGCAAAUCUUCCUCGAAUGCAUUCUUUGCACAUUUAACCCCAUCAGGUACUGCAAUAAUACAGGCACAUUCCAUCCUCCCGGGGAGAGAGAAGGGAACAGAGGUCAGGGGGUUCAAAACCUUCCAUGUAACUUCAACACAAAAUUACUCUGCUGUUGGAUGUUUGAUGUUUGUGUAACAUAUAUAGUACUGACUCAAAUGUUGACAUGGCAGUUCUUACAGAUCAGCCACCGCUGUGUGUAAAGGGGCCAUUAUCCUUUGAGUUAAUCUAUCUUCGACCAAAAAAACCUUUUAAGUUUCUUCAUGCUUUUCCUGGACCAGUACAUUAAGGCCUUUCGCAAAGUGUAAGGCAAUCAUUAAUGGCUUUGAGCAACGGCAGUCUUUUCAUUUCCAAUUCUCUCCAUGUAGUCAGAACCUGUGCUGGUCUGGCCUUGUGUGCACUAUCUGCUCCUUGUUGCGUAGUAAAUCUUUGUUUAUUUCCAGUUUAUUUGCACGAUGAGAUUUGACAGCUUUAAGUCUGAUUGUUUGACCUGCAAUGUCUAGUCCAUUAACUCACACGAUACCAUUUAAGAUUGUAAUUGAAAUUUUCUUUAAAACCUGCAUAAGUUGAAUAUUCUUCCUCCUGCAUACUAGUACAGAGUUAUAGUCAAUAUAAUAUAUGUUGGGAUAAAGUUGCCUUAGAUAUAAUUUUUUUUGUGCUGCAACUACUCUCAGGAAAUCUUGAGCAAUGCACUAAGUGAUUAUACGAAAUAUAAAAUGGGAAGACAUUGUUUGGUGCUGCAGGGUGAUUGACACACUUCAUGUAAAUGUAAGGCCAGUAGUUUCAAAAUAGGACAUUUUGUAUCAUUUGAUGGUUGAAACCCAAAUUAAUUUAACCUAUUGUGAAAAAGAAAUAGGUAAAUAAUAGCAGUGACGGUAAACUACUGGCCUUACUGGAACCAGUCCUACUGGAAAUGCAGUAUGACAGUUGGUCCUGUUCUUGAAGGGUGUUGGUGCUCCCUCUCAUGUGAAUGAAAGAGGGUUAACUGAUGCCAGCUGUGAAGUGCACGUUUUCUAUGUGAGCUGUAUGUUUUCUCGGCUUCGGUGAAGGGACACGGGGUCCGGUCUGUGUAGAGACCCCGCUAUCAGGGAUACAUUUUUGUCUUUCAGUCUUUAGUGGAACCUUCUCAUAGAUAUUGAUUAAUUUCCCAUCAUUUGUUUCAGUUAAUGUAAAGAAAAUAAAUAAACAUAUCUAAGCUUGA